GCGCUGUUGCCACAACUUCAAAUCCCCGCAUUUCCUUGCCCCACCUCCCUCACGCUACUCAGUUGUGAAUCUUGCUACCCAGAGUAGUCUGCUUCAGGAGCUCUAAGUACCAUUCAAUCUCCACCGUGUUCAAGCUCUAGAUUCUACGCGCGUGACUUGCACGCCAGAUUACGGUUCGCGCUCUGCCGUGCGGGGGUGGGGAAGGAUGGCGGCGGCGCUGGAUGACGUGGACUCGUUCCUCGCGAGCUGCAAGCAGUCGGGCAAUCAGGCGUAUGCCAACUUCAAGGACCUCCUCAAGGCGCUGCGCAACCCGGACACGCAAGCCUCCACCAGAAGGUUCCUGGCGGCGUUGGAGGCGGCGAUGCCGGCGGUGGCGGCGGAGGAGGUGAUGCGCACCUUCAACUUCCGCAUCCACACGCUCGCGCUCUCGCCGCUCCCCCACUCCGACGACGACCCUGUAGGGGCACAUAGGAACGGGGCUGCCGUUGCUGCCGCCGCCAAUGGCAACGGAGGGGCUGGGGAGGGCGCGGGCAAUGGCGGCGGUGGGGGCGGGGGCGUGCGGCAGACGCUGACGCUGGUGGAGCUGCCGUCCAUCUUCAUCCCUGAGGACUGGUCCUUCACCUUCUACGAGGGCCUCACGCGCCACCCCGACGCCGGGUUCACUGGACGCGACGUGGCGGAGCUGGGGUGCGGCAAUGGGUGGAUCUCCAUCGCGCUCGCGCACCGCUGGGCGCCCCGGAAGGUGUACGGGCUGGACAUCAACCCGCGCGCCGUGCAGGUGGCGUGGAUCAACCUGUACCUCAACGCGCUUUCGCCGCUGGACGGGCUGCCCGUGCGCGACAGCGAGGGGCUGUCACUGCUGGACCGCUGCGAGUUCCUCGAGUCCGACCUGCUGGGCGCGCUCACGGACCGAGGGGUCACGCUCGACCGCAUCGUCGGCUGCAUCCCCCAGGUGCUGACGCCGGACCCGAAGGCGGCGCUGAAGAUAGUGUCGGAGACGAUGAGUGAGGAGUUCCUCUACUCGCUCUCCAACUACUGCAGCCUGCAGGGCUACGUCGAGGACCAGUUCGGCCUGGGGCUCAUCGCACGCGCCGUGGAGGAGAGCAUCGGCGCGCUCAAGCCCGCCGGCGCGCUGCUCAUGAACAUGGGCGGCCGCCCCGGCAUGGCCGUCUGCGAGCGCCUCUUCCGGCGGCGGGGGUUCCGCAUCCAGAAGCUCUGGCAGACGCGCGUCUUCCAGGCGGCGGACACGGACAUCCAGGCGCUGGUGGAGAUCGAGCGCCAGAGCCGGCACCGCUUUGAGUUCUUCAUGGGGCUGGGCAUGGGCGCCGCCACCACGGGCGACGAGCCCAUCAGCGCGCGCACCGCCUACGCCUUCGCCAAGGCAGGGGGGCGCAUCGCACACGGACUCACGGUGUUCGAAUGCCGCCUCAGACAACCCAACCACGUGAAGGAGCUGUUUCGCUAUCUCGCCCGCCCCGAGUACGCCGCCACGCGCAGCGCCGUGGACCUGGCGUUCGCGUCGGACGCGGUGGCGGACGAGAAGACGCCCUUCCUUGCCACGCUCCUCCGCACCCUCCACCACGCCGCCCUCCCCCCCGCCCCCUCGCCCGCCGCCUCCUCCCCCGCGCUGUGCCCGUCGGACGAGCCCCCCGCCGGCACACUGCGCUUCCGCUCCCAGGUCGCCGGCUUCCUGCGCCUCUACUUCCGCGUGCCGCUCUCCGCGCAGAACGUGGUGGUGCUGCCCACGCGUGCCACGGCGGUGGAGAACAUCCUGCGCCUCUACAUGCCCGCCCUCGCCCUCGUUGACGCCUCCCUCACUCGCCACCUCCCCUCCGCCUGGCUCUCCGCCGCCCCGCCAGAUGGCCCGCCCUCAGAUGGCGCCACACACGCCCAGGGCACCCCGGUGGUGCUGGAGGCGCCGCGCCGCAGCGACUUGCUGCUGAAGCUGCUGAGGUCACUGCGCCCGGCGGUGCUCAUAGUGGCGCUGGCGGACUACGAGAUGCGCUCGCCCACCGCGCUGCACCUGCUGCUGGCUGCCGCCACCGACACGCACACGCGCGUCUUCUUUGACAUCUCGGACCACCUGGAGCUGUCGAGCGUGCCGCCCAGCAACGGCGUGCUGCAGUUCCUGGCGGAGCAGCCGCUGCCGCCGCACGCGGGGGUCAUCUGCGGGCUGGUGCGCAACCAGGUGUACAGCGACCUCGAGGUCGCCUUUGUGCUCAGUGAGAGCCGCCCUCUGCUAGCGUGGCUGGCGGGCAUGGGCGAGCUGACGUACUUCCGCGUGGCGCGCAUGAAGCAGCUCUACUACGGCUGCCUGCUGGACGAGCUCCUCUCCUUCCAGAUCCCCGACCGGCACACCGUGGCCGAGCGCCCCCUGCAGGACGAGCCCUCCUCCUCCCCUUUCAUCUCCAUCGACGCCAAUGCCGCCCACGCCUUCAACCACCCCACGCUGCGCACGCUCUCCCUCACGCACGCCCUCCCCUCGCCCUCGCCUGCCUCCACCGCCGUCACCAGCAGCAGCAGCAGUUCAGCGGCAGCGGGCAGCAGCAGGGGCGUGGGCGCGGCGGACACGGUGCGCAUGGACGUGGGGUCGGGCGCACUGCCCGCGCCGUCCGUGGUGCAGCCGCUGGUGGUGGAGGGCUUCGUCCGACAGCACCUCAGCGAGGCCGAGACCGAUCCCCGGGCAGAGAUCCUGCAGCUGCUGCACCGUGACUUGGGCGUGCAUCCCGAGGGCACCACUGUGGUGACAGGUGAUGGCUCUCGCGCGCUCUUUGUGCGCCUCAUGGCCGCCUGCGCUGCCCAGGGCGGCACUGCUGUCUUCCCCUCUGGCUCCUACGGCACGUGCCUGGCCGUGGCACGCCUGUGCGGCUGCCAGGUCAAGGUGGUCCCGGUCACAACUGCUGAGACCUCCUUCACUCUCACUGCAGACGAGUUGGAGGCAGCACUAUCGGGCGUCACCCGGCCCUGGCUGGUGCUGUCAGCGCCAGUGGUGAACCCCACAGGCGCGCUCUACUCGCCGGCGCACCUGGCGGCGCUGCUGGGCGUGUGCAUGCGCGUGGGCGCGCGGGUCAUCCUGGACUGCGCCUUCCACUCCCUCUGCUUCCAUGCCCGCCCGCGCCUGCUGCUCGAACCCUUCCUGGGCCGCAAGGAGGGGGAAGGGGAGCUAGAGGGCGAGGGGGAGAAGGAGCAAAGGGAGAAGCCGCACGAGCAUUAUGCCCUUGUGCUGAUGGGGGACCUGUCACCCCAGCUGUCCACGUUGGGGAUCCUGUUUGCCUACGUGGCAUUCUGGGAUUCGUCCUUCAAGGAGGCCCUCAGCACUGCUGUGCCACCUCAUCGCACGCUGCGCUUUGCUGUCAAGCGAAUGCUGUCCAAUGAGGUGGCGCCACAGCUGGCGGAUGAGACGGAUGUGAGGCGAGAGCAGCUCAAGCACCGCGCUGACCAGCUGUGCCAGGUUCUGUCUACCUGUGGCUGGGACCCCAUUCGCCCUGAGGGGGGGAUAUUCCUGGUGGCACGCCCCACUGCCUAUGAGGGCAAGCAGCUCACGUACCAACCGCCCUCGACAAAUGGGGAUCAAGAGGCCCAACCUGUCACAGUCACCCUCAAUAGUGUCACGAUCUCGGAGGCUCUCUUUUCGACCACGGGUCUGAUGAUCAACAACAGCGACUGGACAAGCAUUCCCGGGUACUGCCGCUUCGUGCUCCUCCUGGACGACCACCGCUUCAACCUCGCCCUCCACCACCUACACAAGUUCCACAAGCUAGUGCUGGGAGGGUAGUUGCAGGACGAAGUUCCUCUUAGAACUGAAGAAGUAAUAAAUAGAGAGAGAGUACAAGGGUAUAGGUGAGUGUUGUACCCUCUAAGAGUGUUGUACCCUCCUCCUUACAAACUGAUGCUCUCCAAUUCUAUUCCAAGCCUAUGCGGUACAAAUGGCUUGGAGAGCAUUGGGGAGCAUAAGUAUGUUGCAUUGGAGUGACCCUUUUCUUCACCAGACCUCAACCUGGAUAUUCUUCCCAAACAUUCGCAACUUCUUCGACUGCU